UCGAAGAGCUGUGACGACGGCUGCUAGAGCAUCAACCACUAUAUAUAUAUAUACGGAUUAAAAUAGAAAGUUGGAACCUUCAUAAGACUUUUCAAAGUAAUUACUGUUACUAGUCUAGACUUGGAAGACCAAGACUCUUCGAAGAGCUGUGACGACGGCUGCUGGAGCAUCAACCACUUCGAUCGCCGAUCCACGAGUUUCAGAUUUAACUGAGAAGAGGACAGCCAACAAUGGAGGUUUUUCCGCAAUGGUUGAAAAAAUUGUGGUUCAAGUGGAACGUGCGAACAUUUGUUUUAGUAGGCCUUACAUUUCAAGUGGUUCUUAUAUGUUUUGGCGGUCGUAGAAAGUAUAGUCGCAAGUUAUGGAUCAGAAUCGUCGUUUGGUGUGCAUACUUAGCAGCAGACUCUGUGGCAAAUCUCGCUUUAGGUGCAAUCUCAAACGAACUGGUAUUUUGUGACAGUUAUUCUGACUCCCUGAAUAACUUUGAGCUAAAGGUAUUCUGGGCACCAUUUCUGUUGCUGCACUUGGGUGGCCCUGAUACCAUUACUGCCUAUGCUCUGGAAGACAAUGAGUUGUGGUUGAGGCACCUUCUUGGACUAUUUUCCCAGACGGGACUCACAGUUUAUGUCUGCCUCCUAGCGUGGACAGGGUCUCAUCUUUCAGUUCUAACCAUUCUGAUGAUUUUGGUUGGUUUUUUUAAGUAUGGGGAAAGAACAUGGGUACUUUGGCGUGCCAGUAGCGGGCAGCUGGAGAACUUCCCCUCAAUCAAAGAAGAAAACAAACUGGUUGGUGAUAAAAUUAUUUCUCAUGUUAGGAAGCCUGAAGUUCCUCAAGAAAGUAUAGUAUUUGUGGCUUCCAGGUUGAUUUUCUUUUACAUGCCUAGCAUAGUACAUGCAGGACGUGGUGAAUACCUGUAUGAAACUAUAUCGGACUUCUUACUAGAAGCACCAGCUGAAAUCAUUAGCAAACUAAUUGAAAUAGAACUUGGGUUCAUGUAUGAUUUGCUUUACACCAAGGCAAGGGUGGUGUAUACUCCCUGCAUCUUAGCGUUGCGGGUGAUGGGUUUCUUUCUAACUUGCAUAGUACUUGUGCUCUUCCCUUUACGAGUAACUCAAGAUUAUUAUUAUUAUUAUUAUUAUUAUGAUUACUCCAAGGUUGAUGUUGCAAUAACUUUUGCACUGCUAGUUGGAGCUAUUACAACAGAUCUAUAUGCUGCAUUUGCACUACUUUCCUCGAAUUGGAGUACAGCUUUGUUGUAUCCACUGACCCAGAAGAACUCUUGCUACCAAGCCAUUGCUUACUGCCAAAAGUACUUCAACAAAAGUCCAUUGCCAUUGUGGUUUAACAAAAUUUCUCAAUUCAGUCUGUUACGCUUCUGCUUUGGAGAAAAGCAUGUCAGAUUUGAUUGUGUCCUGAACCACUUCCCUAGAGUUCAUGAGAAACUGGAGAAACAAGAGUCUAUAACUUACCUAGAAGUUACAGAUACUCUGAAGAGACAUAUUAUCCGGAAAGUGCAGCAGAAACAUAAGGAAUCUCUUUCUCAAACUCAAGGAGUCGUAUUGCAAGGAAAUAUAGACGAUGUACUACAGAAGAACAGUUGUAGUGAGGAGCUCAAUCCAUACAAAGGGAGAGAUAUCAAGCAGAAUAUCAUUGUCUGGCACAUUGCUACUGAACUUUGUUACUACUUGGAAGAUGCAGAAGCAGCAGGAAUUGUUCAAUCAGAGCAGCGUGAAAUCAGUCUUCACAUUUCGCAAUAUAUGUUGUCUCUCUUUGUCAUACAUCCCUCCAUGUUGUCAGCAAAAGCGAAUGUGAAGUUAUUUGAAAAAACUUGUUCUUCUGACAGUAAAAUUUAUGAAGGAAUGUCUAAAGCCAUUUCACUGCCGAUUAGAAAAUCAGAUGAUUUCCGCAAACUUUACCAUGGAUUGCGAUCUUAUGACCAACCUACAGAAAAUCCGGCUGAUUGCUUUACAGAGGGAGGAAAUCUUAUUCCUGCAGCAGUUUGGCUUUCAUUAAAAUUGGAUGACAUGUCAGACAAUGAAAUGAAAUAGAAGAUAAUCAGUGAUGUUUGGCUGGAAAUGCUCCUCUACGUUGCAUCUCAAUGGAAUGGGGACGAGCAUGCACAGCAAUUGAGACGAGGUGGAGAGCUUCUUACUCAUGUCUGGUUUCUCAUGGUACAUCUGGAUCUUGCUUGAUAGAUAGGAUGGUGAUCCAUGAGUUAAUAAUUAUUGGUGUGUUGGUGUGAG